CGUUCGCCCGACCGGUGUGUUGUUGUUGUUUGUGCUACUGCCAGUCUGGCUAUGGCAACCAGGCAAGCAAGCUAAGACACAACUCAGCCUCGGCACUACGGCCUGAGCGGUGCAGCAGCCGUCGUGGUGGCGGCGGUGGAAACGGUUGUGGCAGCAGCAGCAGCAGCAGCAGCAGCAUCAAUAGUAGCGCAGAGGCGGACACCGCAGACAUCACCACAGACGGCCACUGACUGACUGACUGACGGACGGAGAAGCGGAUCAGCUAGAUAGCCUGCUGCAGCAGCAACAGCGACGACGACGACGAAGGCGGCGAUCCAUUGAGGGAUUGCUGGUGGUAGCUUUCAUCGUUGCUGCUGCCGGCGGUGAAUUAUCCACUGUCUGUUCGCAUUGUUCAAUCAUAUUCGUUCGUUGUUCUGUAGUUUUUUUUUUAAUAACGUUGAUAUACUACGACUAUUAAAGUCCCGUUUCCGAGAAGUGUCUGUUCGUGAAACGAAGGAUUUUUUUGCGGCUUUGAAGCCGCUGGAAGCCGAAAAGCAAGGACAAUAGUAUUGGAUAAACGUAGAACUUCACACCGGAACGAUGGCGCAGGCUCUACCGAUAAAGUUCCAAGAGCACCUCCAGCUGACGUCGGUUGGCAUUAAUGCUGCUACAAUUGGUUUUAACACACUAACGAUGGAAUCAGACAAAUUCAUCUGCGUACGUGAAAAGAUUGGCGAAUCGAAUCAUGUUGUCAUUAUCGACAUGGCUAAUCCUCAACAGCCCAUCCGAAGACCUAUAUCUGCGGACUCCGCCAUUAUGAACCCAGCAUCAAAGGUCAUCGCCUUGAAGGCGAACAGAACGCUGCAGAUCUUCAACAUCGAGAUGAAGUCAAAAAUGAAGGCGCAUGCGAUGUCGGAGGACGUGGUGUUCUGGAAGUGGAUAAACCUAAACACGCUGGCGUUGGUAACCGAGAGUUCAGUAUAUCAUUGGUCGAUGGAGGGUGAUUCGCUUCCUAUCAAAAUGUUUGAUCGGCAUUCGUCACUUAACAGCUGUCAAAUAAUCAAUUAUCGGACGGAUACCAAGCUACAAUGGCUCCUCCUUGUUGGUAUUUCAGCUCAACAGAACCGUGUUGUGGGCGCUAUGCAGCUUUAUUCCAUGGAACGAAAAGUAUCGCAACCGAUCGAAGGCCACGCCGCGGCAUUUGCCCAGCUCGAACUUGAAGGCAACAGCCAACCAUCAACAGUUUUCUGCUUUGCGGUUCGCACCCAGGCAGGUGGAAAGCUGCACCUCGUUGAGGUCGGCUCACCAGCUCCCGGCAAUCAGCCGUAUACCAAAAAGGCGAUAGACGUGUUCUUCCCACCUGAAGCGGCCAACGACUUUCCAGUCGCGAUGCAAGUGUCGCCUCGGCACGAUGUCGUUUAUCUGAUAACGAAAUACGGCUACGUACACCUUUAUGACCUAGAGAGCGGCACGUGCAUCUAUAUGAAUCGAAUUUCGUCUGACACCAUCUUUGUAACAGCACCUCAUGAAGCAUCCUCAGGAAUCAUUGGGGUCAAUCGCAAGGGUCAGGUGUUAUCUGUGUCAGUGGACGAAGACAAUAUUGUUGGUUAUAUCAUGACGGUACUAAGCAACGCCGAUUUGGCGUUGCGCAUAGCAUCUCGCAACAAUUUACCCGGCGCUGACGAUCUGUUCGUGCACAAAUUCAACGGCCUUUUUCAAGCCGGCCAAUACGCAGAAGCGGCGAAAGUUGCGGCUAAUGCGCCGAAAGGGAUUUUGCGUACGCCGCAAACGAUACAGAGGUUCCAGCAGGUGCCGCAGCAGCCCGGCCAAACCACACCACUACUCCAGUAUUUUGGGAUACUGCUCGAUAAGGGCAAGCUGAACAAGUUCGAAUCGCUUGAGCUCUGCCGACCAGUUCUCCAGCAGGGCAGAAAACAACUUCUUGAAAAGUGGCUCAAAGAUGAAAAACUUGAGUGCUCGGAAGAACUUGGCGAUUUGGUCAAACAGGUAGACCCUACCUUGGCGCUAGCAGUGUAUUUGCGGGCGAAUGUUCCUCCUAAAGUCGUUCAAUGCUUCGCGGAAACGGGACAGUUUCAGAAAAUAGUUUUGUACGCUAAAAAAGUCGGCUAUUCACCCGACUAUAUACAAAUUCUGCGACAGGUGGUGCGUGUUGCACCAGAUCAGGGUCCCGUAUUCGCACAGAUGCUCGUCGCCGAUGGAGAGCAACCGCUGGCCGACGUCGCCCAAAUUGUCGAUGUGUUCAUGGAAGCAAAUCUAGUCCAACAGUGUACCGCCUUUUUGCUCGACGCCCUUAAACAUAACCGUCCUACAGAAGGCGCUCUACAGACGAGGCUGCUCGAAAUGAAUCUUAUCGCCGCCCCACAGGUGGCUGAUGCGAUUCUAGGCAAUCAGAUGUUCUCGCACUACGAUAAAGCUCAUAUUGCUCAGCUGUGUGAGAAGGCUAAUUUGUUACAACGAGCGUUGGAGCACCACACAGACCUUUACGAUAUCAAGCGCGCCAUCGUGAAUACUCACUUGCUGAACGCGGAUUGGCUUGUUAAUUAUUUUGGGUCAUUGUCGGUCGAAGACUCCUUGGAGUGCCUCAAGGCGAUGCUUGCACACAACAUCCGUCAAAAUCUGCAAAUCUGUGUGCAAGUUGCCACGAAAUAUCACGAGCAGCUGACGACGGUAUCUCUAAUCGAACUGUUCGAAUCAUUCAAAUCAUACGAGGGUCUGUUCUACUUUCUGGGCAGUAUCGUCAACUUCUCCCAGGAUCCCGAAGUGCACUUCAAGUACAUUCAAGCCGCGUGCAAGACCGGACAGAUUAAAGAAGUCGAGCGUAUAUGUCGAGAAUCGAAUUGCUACAAUGCAGAGCGUGUGAAGAACUUCCUCAAGGAAGCAAAGUUGACAGAUCAGCUGCCUCUGAUUAUCGUCUGCGAUCGUUUCGAUUUUGUGCACGACCUGGUCCUGUAUUUGUACCGCAAUAAUCUUCAGAAGUACAUUGAGAUUUACGUGCAGAAGGUGAACCCGUCCCGACUUCCCGUUGUCGUCGGUGGGCUCCUGGAUGUAGACUGUUCGGAAGACGUCAUCAAAUCGCUGAUUCUGGCAGUACGUGGCGGCCAAUUCUCUACUGAUGAGCUUGUUGAAGAGGUGGAGAAGCGCAACCGUCUCAAGCUUCUACUGCCAUGGCUGGAGACGCGAGUGCACGAGGGAUGCACUGAACCCGCCGCUCACAAUGCUCUCGCCAAGAUCUACAUCGACUCGAACAACAACCCGGAGCGGUACCUUCGUGAAAACGCGUAUUACGACAGUCGUGUGGUCGGAAAGUACUGUGAGAAAAGGGAUCCCCACCUGGCCUGUCUAGCCUAUGAACGUGGCCAAUGUGACCGCGAGCUUAUUAAGGUAUGCAACGAGAAUUCGUUGUUUAAAAGCGAAGCUCGUUACUUGGUCCGGAGAAAGGACUCCGAACUGUGGAUGGAGGUGUUGCAAGAGGACAAUCCGUAUCGACGGCCGUUGAUAGAUCAGGUUGUGCAAACGGCACUGUCGGAGACGCAGGACCCUGACGACAUCUCGGUCACUGUUAAAGCGUUCAUGUCGGCUGAUCUACCCAAUGAACUGAUUGAACUUCUCGAGAAGAUCGUACUCGACAAUUCAGUGUUCUCAGAUCAUCGCAACCUCCAAAAUCUUCUGAUUCUGACGGCUAUCAAGGCAGAUCGGAGCCGGGUGAUGGAUUACAUCAAUCGCCUUGACAAUUACGAUGCGCCGGACAUCGCCAAGAUCGCGAUCGACAGCGAACUAUUCGAAGAAGCUUUUGCUAUAUACCGUAAGUUCGAUGUGAACACAUCUGCCGUUCAAGUGCUCAUUGACAGUAUCAGAAAUCUCGACCGAGCGUACGAAUUUGCCGAGCGGUGUAACGAGCCCGGCGUAUGGAGCCAACUGGGUAAAGCUCAGUUAUGCCAGGGUCUUGUGAAGGAAGCCAUCGACGCAUUCAUCAAGGCUGGUGACCACACCACGUACCUGGAUGUUGUCCAAACCGCUCAUCAGAAGAACAGUUGGGAGGAUCUCGUAAGAUAUCUACAGAUGGCACGCAAAAAGGGCCGUGAGAGCUAUAUUGAAAGCGAGUUGCUGUAUGCGUUUGCAAAGACGUCUCGUCUAGCCGAUUUGGAAGAGAUGGUCUCAUCGCCGAAUCACGCCGAUGUUCAGCGCAUUGGCGACCGUUGCUUUGAUGACGGUCUUUACGAGGCCGCUAAAUUGCUAUAUAACAACGUCUCUAACUUUGCGCGGCUAGCCAUCACCCUUGUGCAUCUGAAGGAGUACCAGGGAGCCGUCGACUCGGCUCGCAAAGCCAACUCGACACGCACGUGGAAAGAGGUUUGCUUCGCGUGCGUCGAUUCCGCCGAGUUCCGCUUAGCACAGAUGUGUGGCUUGCACAUCGUUGUGCAUGCCGACGAGCUGGAAGACUUGAUCAGCUAUUACCAAGAUCGUGGGCAUUUUGAAGAGCUAAUCGCGCUCCUUGAGGCUGCGCUGGGGCUGGAACGAGCGCACAUGGGCAUGUUCACCGAGCUCGCCAUCCUCUACUCGAAGUAUAAGCCGGCAAAGAUGCGUGAACACCUUGAGCUCUUCUGGAGUCGUGUUAACAUUCCGAAAGUGCUUCGAGCCGCGGAACAGGCCCAUUUGUGGGCUGAGCUCGUAUUCCUUUAUGACAAGUAUGAGGAGUUUGACAACGCGGUGAACACGAUGAUGCGCCAUCCCACAGAAGCCUGGAAGGAGGGCCAUUUCAAAGAGUGCAUUCAAAAAGUGGCUAACAUGGAACUGCAUUAUCGUGCCGUCCAAUUUUAUCUUGACUUCAAGCCUCUAUUACUAAACGACCUGCUAAUGGCGCUGGCACCUCGAAUGGACCACACGCGCGCUGUGCACAUGUUUGCGAAACAGGGCCACUUGCCUCUUGUUAAGGCCUAUCUACGCUCUGUGCAGCCACUAAAUAAUAAAGCCAUAAAUGAAGCCCUAAACGGUUUGCUCAUUGACGAGGAAGAUUUUACCGGGCUACGCGCUUCGAUUGACGCGUUUGACAAUUUCGACAACAUUGCUCUAGCGCAAAAGCUCGAAAAGCACGAACUGAUAGAAUUCCGCCGUAUCGCCGCAUAUUUGUACAAAGGCAAUAACCGAUGGAAACAGUCGGUGGAACUCUGUAAAGCUGACCGGCUAUUUCGUGAUGCCAUGGAGUACGCCGCUGAAAGCAAGAACCGCGAGACCGCCGAAGAACUACUCGAAUGGUUCCUGGAAGAGGGCAACUACGAGUGCUUUGGUGCGAUGCUGUUCCAGUGCUAUGACUUACUUAAGCCUGACGUCAUCAUGGAGCUCGCGUGGAGACAUGGCAUUACAGAUUUUGCUAUGCCAUACUUCAUUCAGGUGAUGCGCGAAUACACGGCCAAAAUCGAUAAACUGGAAGAGUUAGAGAAUCAACGGUUAGAAGAGAGCGCACAAAAUGAAAAUAAGGGAUCUUCGCUGGUUUAUGCUUCCGAACCACAGCUAAUGCUAACAGCGGCUCCAAGCAUGAUGGGUAGUGCGCAGGCAAGCGCGGCGGCCUUUGGGGGCGGCUACACGGCGGCAAGCGCCAUUGGUGGUCAGAUGAAUCACCCGGUCGUUGGCGCGAUGCCGCCCGGACAGCCGCCCCUGCCCGGCUACCCGGGAUACAGCAUGUAGAACAGAAGCAGUAGCAACAACCAUAACAAAACUAGCAACAACACAACACGCACUUAGUAGACACGCAGCUGGGGUCAAGUCAGAACGUAGUUAGACACGACGAGAAAUUAUGUUACAAUAACAACAGCACACAAAAAUCAGACCGCCGCCGAAACGCCAGAGUGAGACCGAAUUUGUCGAAUCGAAGAAGUACCUAAAUAUUUCGAACGAUAAGCAACAGGACGGCAAAUCAUUCAACGACAUCUGCCUACGGCCCUAACACUUGGAUGUCUAGAGAAAACGGUGUUCCUGAAACAAUGAAGGAAACUAAUUUCAAGAAUGCAAGAAUAUAACACAGGCGGCAAUAGCUGAUCCGACGAUUAAAGGAGUCUUUCAAGUGCACGGUAGUUCUCCACGAUAUAUCAGAAUAUGUAGCAUCCUUUCAUGGCCCUGACAACUUGUCAUUAUUUGAUUUUGAGCUUACACCUUCCGACAAAGUGACAUUCUCUGUUCGCGGUCAUCCUGUUUAGGUUCUUCCUUUUUGUCGUUUUGUCUAGGCCUCUACGCGUUGAAAGUGAGCAAGUGCUGCUUUGAACGAUUUGCCCUCCAGUUAACUAGAAAAAAAAAAGCAUACAGAGAUGUUCUCUACACCUGACAAGUCGACCGCAGUUCAUUAUGAAAUAGGUGACGCAAAAUGCAGACGAUGAAAUGAUUAUGAAUCACAAGCUAAAAAAAUAUGAUGAACUCUGUGAGCUGGCUGGCAAUGAAGUGUCGUACAACUCGGAUGACUAAAUAACGACGGUCGGCGAAUACGCUGCAUAUUCAAUCCGUUCAGAUACGAAUAUUUUCAAUUUCAUUGCGUGCGGUUUAAUUUUCAAUUUCAGGAGACUCUUCAUUUUAUAUAAUAAUUAUUAGUUAGAUGAUUUAUAGAAAAAUCCAUGACUAGUGGUUUCCUUUGUUGAAUUAGCUGAAAUAAAAAAGAAACGUGUAUUAUUAAUGGACGAUUGAUUUAAAUAAGCUGCUUACCAUCUGUUGAUGUUACAACAACAACAACAACAACAAUGUUGUGGAAAGUAGAAAAAAUAGCUGCAUAUACAACGUCGCCAAUAUUGUGACAUUUUACGCACAGCUUUGAAGGGUCAAUUACCUGUCGAGCGCGUGAUAAACAUGAUCAUGACCCAUUUCGUGGCGUGAGCUCGUGAUCUUUUGAGGCGAAUGCGCAAAACUGUUACAUUCUAGAUACAUGACAUUAGAGCGUUUUUAUAUCAGCUAACGUUACUUUGGGGCACCGUGACUCGUUUGAUUACAUGACGACUCGCAACACUUUUUUCCGUUUUUUAUUAUAUUCAUUACAUCUCUGCUGUGGUUUAACCAGCGAAUGGCAUAGGUGCAUCUUCACUUCACCUUAAUCCUUGCUUGGCUUCUUUAAAAGCAUUAUUUUCAACUGGGAGUAUUUUUUAUAAUUGUGUUAUGUGAUACUUAUUCCUUACCUUAACAUAUUAUAUCUGAAUGAUGUUGUUGGUAUAAUUUUCGUCUGCUUGUUUGCCUGAGUGCGCGUCUGUGUCUGUGUGUGUGUUUAUGUGAAUUAUUGACUGCAGUUUUGCGCACUCGCCUCAAAAAAUAACAAGAUCACAUUGCAAGACGGGUCAUGAUCAUGUUUAUCACGCGCUUAACAGGUAAUUGACCCUCCAAAACAAAUAUCUGUGAGUAAAAGAUCACAAUAUUGGCGACGUUGUGUACACAUCUAAGAGUGUUGGUAUUUUUUUCUGAUUUCUAUAGCGUUAUUGUUAUUGCAACAGUCACACCUCUACACACUGAAGCAAACGGGCAGACAAACAAAGAAGCUGAGCAACAUCAUUAAGAUGUAAUAUGCUACAAGUAUACAGUCUACUAACAUUUUUGGUAGAGAAUAUAAGUAUUUAAGUGUAUAAAUCAAAAAGUACUCUAAGUUAGUUAGAAAUUAAAGAAGUCAAGCGAAGAUUAAGAUGAAUUGAAGAUACGUAUAUGCCGUUUCACAGAUAUAACGAAUAUAAAUUUAAAAAAACCGAAAACUGUGUUGGGAGUCAUCACGUAACUAACCAAUUUAUUGUAUCUCAAGGUAAAGUCGGCUGAUAUAAAAGAGCAUUUCCGUUUACCGCGAUCGCGAUAUCCUCUGGCGGUCUCCUACCAAUACAUUUUCGUCUGUUUGAGCCGCUGAAGGGUACUUGAUGCGAUAAAUUUGCUUCGAAUUGGAAGACGACUUGUCGACUGAUAAAUUUCAGUGUGAUUUAUAGGAUAGAUUCGGGUUCGCUUAGCGCUAAUGAAUGCCAGCCGAUAUGAAAAAAUCCGCAAGAUUCUGAUGAGGAGUUGAAUUAGAAGAUUAGCCAUUUACUGUUAAAGAUUGGAGCCGAAUUUCAAUCGCACUAAAUAGAUAGCUAACAAAGUACCGCUAACUAUAAGCACAUCGAAAUACCCCGUGGAUAAAGAGUGUUGCAGCUGAUAAUAAGUUCAUAGAGAACUCAGUAAAAAAACAUCCAAAAGAGGUACUACUGAUAGGUAUAGUCAUAGAGUACUAACAGACAAAGUCAGAAAAGGUAGGGUUAGGUAAAGAAAAAAGCGGAGAGAUGACAAUAUUUAAUAAAGGCUAACAGCCAAUGAAGAGGAAAUGACGCUAGUGACAGGACCAUGCGAAUGUUUUUGACGCCCUACUGCUGUUCAUAUAUAUAUAUAUAUAUAUAUAUAUAUAUAUAUAGCAAUUUUAGUAAAGUUGAGUGCUCCUUAUUAUAUAUAUGAAUGUAUUAACCAUAUAUAAUUAAGUGACGUAGUGGUGUAAGGGUUUAGUGAUUCUGGCAGACCUAAACAAAAAAGAAUUAAACAACAGAAAUUUCCCUGAACGGUUUCUUUAGAGCGGGAUAGGUUUGAGGGAAGCAAUUCGGGCAUGAAAAAAUUAGAGAGCAAAUCUGUGGAAAGCGUGCAACAACCGCUCGCACCGUACGGAAUAGCCGGACGAGACGACAUAAACAGCAAAGGAGAAGAAUCCAACGUAAUGGCGAAGCGACAGGACUACUUUUGUUAUUUUAGUAACUAUAUGUAACAGCGGGUAACAAUGUAGUGUCAAAUAUUACAACAACUGAUCCGAUUAUAUUAUGACAAACCUUGACGGCAGCAAUGCGAAUAGUCAGUAUUUGUUUCCGUUACUGAAACUGAUGGGUCGGGCACAUCUCCCAUCAUACAUUUACUGGCGGUGUACGGGUGAAGGUUAGAAAUUAGACCUGUCAAAUGUGAAAUAGGUUCAGUCCGCGGACCGUGAAUAAAAACGGAGAGCCAUCGUAAAUGAAGUGACGAUUUUGACAUCCAUACUAUGUUUUUGGGGCUCGAUUCAGCGGCAGUGCAGUCACGAAACAAAAAAAGCUUCAAGAUCAACUGCAGGGCAUCGGUUGUCCUUAUGAAACGUACAACAAAAGCAACAAUAGCAGCAAGGACAAAAAGACCCAAACAUAAUUAAGGAAGGCUAAUAAUAAUAAUAAUGAAAUGGCUUCGAAGGUAAAGAAUGGUGCAGAAAAGGUAAAAAGAGCUAAAAAAAAAAAACAUAAUGAACGAGUAAAUAGAU